AUGAAGGACGUCGUCAGCAGCAAGACCAUCAUGUCAUCCGUCCCUGCAGAUCCCGAGAAGCAGACCGUAUUCCACACAGAUGUGGACAUUCUUAUGAAAACCAUCCAAGAGAGAACGACGAUCUCAGCCGCCGCUGACCAUGGCGAGUUUCGCUACCCGUCGCCGCCUCACGCUGAAUCGAACCCCGAGUCUUCAAGUGGCUCACGCAACUCAGAGAAGCGCCACCCUUGCACAAUCCCGAAUUGCCCAAUGAGAUUCUCCCAGAAGACUCACUUGGGCACACACGUGAGAUCGCACACUGACGAACGGCCAUAUCCUUGCACCCAGCCUGGAUGCAACUACCGCUUCUCUCAACUGGGCAACCGCAAGACGCAUGAGCGUCGUCACACUGGCGAGAAGCCUUACGCGUGUGAGAUUUGUGGCAAGCGAUUUGCUCAGCGCGGCAACGUACGUGCUCACAAGGAGACACACAACAACUUCAAGCGCUUUGCGUGCCGAGUCGACGGGUGCACCAAGAAGUUCAGCCAAUUGGGGAACAUGAAGACACAUCAAAACAAGUUCCACACAGAGACAAUCAAAGCUCUAACUCAAAAGUUUGCCGCGAUAUUGCGUACUGGGGAAGAGCUCAAGGGGGGACACAAGGAGCUCUUUGAGUACUUUGCAGUGCAUUACAAGAACAGCAACAAGGGCAUCAAAGGCCGCGGCAAGGACCGCAAGGUGAAUAACAACAGCUCGUCAUCAGCGAUGCCCUCAAGCCACUGCCCCGAGUUACAGCAGUCGACGCAGCGUCAACCACAGCAUCAGAUGCCUUACGGGAAUCUGUACUAG